CUAGAGUGGAAGAGACUUUCUUUGCUUUUUCUUUAUGAAUUCAUUCGGAGUAAGGAUGGUCAACCACAUCUUGUUGAAGAGUGUGCUGCUCGCUGUAACCUUGAUGGUCACUUCUGGAAUUCCAGAUAAGCUGUUUACUUGCUGUAAGCAAGUCAGCACAAGUGAGAUAACGGAACCAAUAUUAACAUAUCGGAUCCAGCAGGCAGAUCCUCCAUGUGUUACUGCCGUAAUAUUUAUUACAGAAAAGGACCAUUACUGCAUUUAUAUAAAGGCUCCAUGGGUGAAACGGAAGGUUGCAGAGUUAAGUAAUAGAGCAAGAGCUUGGUUAUCUACACAUAAGGUGGUCAGCUCAACGCCUCUGUCACCAUCAUCUUCACUGCCAUCAUCAUCAUCACCAUCAUCAUCAUCAUCAUCAUCAUCAUCAUCAUCAUCAUCAUCAUCAUCACCAUCAUCAUCACCAUCCUCCUUGCUCCUCUCCAUCAUUACAUCCACCACUUCUCCUCCCUCAUCGUCCGUAAUGCUACCUUAUUCCUCAUCAUCCCCAUCAUUCCUCUCUUCUUCUUCCUCCACCAUUGCAACCAGUGAGACUUCGUCUAGAACCACAGAUGAGAAAAAACGAAUCUCCUCCACAACCAGCUAAGAAAAAGGAAAAGCUAACGUGCUUUUCCAUAUCCCAACUGAAGUCAGAGAGACUUAAGGAAUAGAACGAUGCAAAA